UCGAAAUCGAAAAAUAAAAAUCAAAAUAAAUUUGAUAGAAGCUAUAACGGUGUUUCAUUUAAUAAUUUAAAAAAAUAAAAAAAAAAAUUUAUUUUAAAUUGUAAUUUGUAAAAAAAUUUUAUUUUAGUUCAUAAUUUUUGAAAAUUAUAGUAGGCAUAUGUGACUUUUUAAAGCAGAAAACAAAAAAAAAAAAUAAAAAUUUGUUACAGAACGUUUACAUGAAAUUAAAAGUAGAGGAUUUUUUGCUAUAAAACAUUAGUGAAGGCUGCAAAUUAAGUUUCUAACGCACGCAAUUAAAUUUACGCGGUGUAAAAAGUGAGUCGUUUAAUUUUUUCAGUGUGUUGUUAAAUUAACUACAUGUAUAUUUUCUUUUUCAUUUGCUAGAAUUACAGAAAAAUACAAUAAUAUCUUUACAAUUAAUUAAAAAUUUUUUUUUUUUUAAAUUCUUUAUUUAAUAUUUUGUAAAGUUUUGAAGAUUAAUAGUAAAAAAUUAAAUAGGAAAUUAUUUAUUCAGAUUGUUAUAAAACAGUAUUAUUAAGAACUUGCGAGUAAUAGAAGAUGUUUAUUAAUUUAUGCAAAACAAAAAUAAUAUAAGGAUUGGAUUUUAAUUCAAUUUUAAGAUUAAAUUUUACAGCAACUAAAUUUCAACAACAACAAAGUAACUUUUUAAAGAUUUGCAACGAUAUUAUAGUACCUCUAUAUUUUGCGUACUAAUUCAACUAUUCACUAAACUCAAAAAAGGUUACAAGGAUUUCUCACUUGGAACACUAAAAAAUUUGAGUUUGAAUGCAUUUUCCUCAUGAUUGAAAAGUAACGAAAGGAAAAACUAAACGGAAAACAAAAAGAAAAUCAUAGAAAAUAAUUCAAGUGAAAAAGUAAAAAUUUAAAGAGAAUAUAUAAUUAAUAAAAAACAAAAAUAACAAAAACAGAAACAGGAUGCCUGCAGGUCGAGUUGCCGGAAAAUUUGGUUACUCAGAUAGCAACUAUUUUAGUGGUCGAUCUUACAAAGAUGUCAAUAGUGAAUUAAUGUGGAUAAGUAUUGGUAUGGCAGUAACAAUUGCUGUUCUUAUAACAGCAGCACUUUGUUAUAUAUUAUAUGAAAAAUGUCAGAAUAAGAAAAGAGAACGUGGUUAUUAUAUAAAUGCAUAACAAGUUCGAAGAUGUGAAGAUGACAAUAACAAUACAAGUAAUAUUAAUAUUAAUAUGAAUAUUGCAACAUGUCAACUUUAACUGUUAUACAUGCAAUGUUAUACAACAAAAUGGAAAUAAUUCAUAGUGUAUUAUAGCAAGUCUUUAAUAUUUUGAUAUAUGCGAUAAAUGCAAUAUCUAAUGAACAUGAAAUAAGCUAUUUGUAUAUGUAAAUGUAUGUAUAUAAUGUUGUAUAUGUAAAUAAUAAUAGCAGGGAACAUGCUUUAUGGGACCAUGGUUAGAAUUUUUUUCUUCUGAUGAUUAAAUUUCCGGUUGUGUUAUAGAAAAUUUGAAAUUAUUGAUAGGAAAAUAGAAUGAGAGAAUUUGAAUUUUUUAUUUUUAUUUUGUAAAUUUUGAUUUAUUUCCCAUUAU